AUGCCUCUUAAAUCGAAGACUAUCUCAGUUCGAGCUAAUUUAUGCAGAAGGAUCGAAGUACUAAGGAAACUCUUCAAAACUUUUCAUGAAAAGGAACGUUCCUUUAGAACCAAAGCGAGUGAAGAAGCAGCGCCUAAAAAGAAGAAAAGAGGAUCAGAUUCCUUAGCGAAAACAGAAUUCGAAGAAGUCCAGGUAGUGAGACGUCCUGCGAGAUCUGCGGGCCGAAGGAAAAGUGCUCUACAUUGGAAACAAGAGCACAAAAUGGAAUCACCGAGUGCUAGACGUGGUGGAAUGACUCCGAAAAAAGAGGACAAGAUGACAAUUAAAGAAGAGACCAAGGUUGCUGGAGAUGUGAAAGACUUGUCAGUUGAAGAUGUCGUGCAAUCAAAAGAUUUCUGGAUAGCUCUCAAGAUUCUUGACGAAGUAAGCAAAGUGAAAAUGUUGGAAAAGCUAUUGAAUGAAGAGGAUACUGCUGUAGUACGUCGACUAUUUGAGGAAAAUCUAGCUAAACCGUCAUACAAGGAGAUAAAGCUAUUCCACCGUGCGAUGAACAAGCUUUGGGAGGAAGUAAUGUGCAACCUUGGUCAAUUUCAUUUCGAGCACGAAGCGCAUGUGCUUUUAUGCGAAAGAGAAAAGGCUAAGUCUCGAUUUCUCGACGUUAUGCUGAUUUGUCCUAGUACCCUUCCGCAAAGCUGGGGAGGACAACAUAUAUGCCAUCUCACUGAGAGUGAAGCAGGAUCACUCCUUGUCCCUGUAAUGGCCGUCGAUGAAAUUGCUUUGUUGCAUCCAACUUUAUCAGAGCGUACAGAAGAGAACAAGGAACAGAUGGUCAAACCUGAAAAAUCAUCCUUCAAGGCUGAAAAGGGUCUAGAAAAAAGGAAGGGCCAUGUGGACAUCGCAGCAUCUUUGGCAGAAGGAGAAGCUAAAGACUAUGACAAUGUGGAUUCGAAGGACCUGAACGAGUACUUAAGUCAGCUUGGACGUACAGAAGAAGGGCUCGAGAAGCAAAAGGCAAGUACUACAAUAAAACGCUCUACAGCGACAGAAGCUCCUGCUGAACCAUCCAAGAAGGGACAACAUGAAAAGCGGCUGGAGAAAGAAAUUAGUGGUAGAAGGCUUUUACCAUUGAAAGAUCUGGCUAGAACACAAGAAGACUUAUCGCCCACACAAACUCCUUUGUUAAGAGAAAAAGAGCGGGGAGAAGGAGAAUCAAAAAAGUAUUCGAAGGAGGAGGGUGUGAAAGUGGUACGCAGAAAACUUAUGAAAGAAAAAGCGAUGCCGGCUGAACCAAAACCAGAUCAUUCUACAAAAGUUUCCAGAACACCACAAGAGAGUCCAAAAUUGCAAAAAGAGGCAAAAACUAGUAUAAUACCAAAGGAACAUGUGUUGAGCAAGGCGAAGCAAGAAGUUAUAAAAUUGGUAUCUACAACACAGAGUGAAAAAAAGCAAGAACAGAUUAAAACCACCCAAGAAAAGCCAAAGGAAGAUGGGUUAUGCAAAGUAGAGAAAGUUGCGGCCACCGUCCCUACAGCUCAAGAAAUUACAAAGAAGACGGUAGAAUGUCCUACAAAGGAUGGUUUAGGUAAGAAAAUCAAGGAAAUUGUAGCAUCUGUUCCCAAAACACCAAAAGAAAGUACGAAAAUUCAAGAAGAGGAAAAGCUAUUGUUGAAACCAGAAAAAGAUGAGUUGAGCAAACGGAAGAAGGAAGAGUCGACAACAGCUCCUGGUGAACGAGAAACAAGUACAAAACGGAAAGAAAGUCUACACGCCAAAGAAAUGCCAAUGCAAGAUGAGUUAGGCAAAAAGAAGAAGAAACUGAUAUUGGCUGCAGUUUCCAGAACACCACUAGAAACUCCGAAAGUGCAAAGGGAGGCAAAACCUACAGUGAAGCCAAAGGAUCAUGAACUGGACAAGCCAGUAAAGCAAGAAAUCAUGACGGCCUCCAAAACACCAAAAGAAGGUGAGGAAAGAAGAGGAGAGAUAAAACUGAUUGAAGAAAAGCCUAAGGAAGAUGAGUUAUGCAAGCCAAAGAAAGAAGAAGUUCUGAAUGCAGUUUCCAGUACACUUCAAGAUACUACAAGAAAGCGAACAGAAGAAAGAAUUGAGGAUAAGAAAAAUGAGUUGAACAAGGAAAAAGAGGAGCCUGUCCAAGCUGUUCCCCAGACACCACAAAAAAGCGCAAAAAUCCAAAGAGAGGAAAGACCUGCAAAACCAAAGAAAAUCGAGCCGAGCAAGCAGAAAGAGGAAGUGUCGAAGGCAGCUUCUGAUAAACAAGCAGAAAGUACAAAAAAGCGGAGAGAAGAAAAGGAAUGCACUGAGCCAAAAGUAGAGAAGAAAGACGAUAAGCAAAUAGGAGAAUUGAAGGCAAUUUUCGAUGAACGGCAAAAAAUUGAAAAGCACCGAAGUAAGGAAGCACUUGUGAAGGAGAAGACAAAGCUUGAUGACUUGAGUGUACCAAAAAAGGAGAAAAUUCCAAUGGCAACUUCGAGAACACCACAACAACGAUUAGCGGAAAGAUUCACUGUCAAUCUAAAGGAAUACGGAUUGAAAAAGGAACAAAGUCCAAAAAGUAUUCCUAAGGUUGUUGACGAAAGAAAGGAAAUAUUGCCAGAGAAAGCGCAAGACGAGGAGGCUAAUCUGAAGAAAACGAAUGAACCCCCAGUAGCUGCAGAGAAAUUCGUAAAAGUUGAGGAGAAAGAAGAACUUGAAAAGCAAAUCUUAAGUGAAAUGCUACAAAAAACACAGGAGGACGACACUGGCAACUUUCCUAAGGUUGCAGAAGGCGAUAGAAAACCGAAGGAGUUGAAAAAGAAGGAAAAAGUUGGUAAGAGUUGCGAUAACGAGAAGUUUGAAAACGCAAAGAAGGGUAGCGAACGAGAACAUAAGAAAGGAGAGAAAUCAACCGCAUCUGAUGAAGCGCAUGCAAAGCUGGAAAAAGAGAAGAAAAGGACUCAUGGAAAAAUGGAAAAAACAAAAACACUAUCAAAGGUAAGAAAAUUCUUUUCAGAUAAUGUAGAGUGA